ACCUAUUUGAUGUGAAAGUGAAACCUACUCUGUGCUAGAGGUGUUUUUCUAAUAUCGAUAUAAUCGAUAAUAAAUAAUUAAAUAGUAAAAUAAAAAUAAAAAGUAUUAUUACUAGCCUUAUGCGACUGAGGAAAUUCUCAGUGCCAUGCAGCCCCGAAAAUUUCACACACACAGAAGAAAAAGUGGUAAUAGUGUCGGUAAUUGGAAAAUCACAACACCGCGCAAGAGGCAGCAAAACAGAGAUGAUUGGGACACAUCUACUCGUCGAUUUAGUUAAUCAUCCCUCUGUUAAUGUUGAUUCGUUGAGCGAAAUUGAAGGAUAUUACAAUUAUCAAGAAAGAACAAUUUAUCUUCAUUUACGAGGGCUCUUUGACACUGAUACUUUGAUCAAUGAAUAUGAUAAUUUCAUGAAGAAAUUUGAGUGCAAGGAUUUUCUCAGUGGCUGGGCCUACAUGCGUGAAAGAUAUGCCAAGGUUCUACUUGUAUUAUUUCACAUUUCUCACAUUAUUAUUCUCAGUCAUCCAACGCACACAUUCGACUACAGUUACGUGCAUUUAUUCAGAGCUUUGGACGUAAUAAGGCAAAAAAAUUUGGGCCAAAUUUCCACUUUAUUGACAUCAAUAUUAGGAAUACCCAAGAGUUGGUGUACCAACGGUCGUCCCUGCUCUCCCAGAGUUUUAUUUUACUUCGAGACUUGCCCUGGAGCAAUAAAAAACAUAAAGAAAUUAGAGCACUCUCUGGAGGACCAAAUCUAUCAUUUGCUAAGGAAACAUCGAAUCGUAACCAAUGUCAGUGCCAAUUCAUUGUUUGCCAUUCCGGCAAAUCAAGAAUUUGUCUAUGUCAAUAAUAGUGGGCCAACCGAGUCAAGAGAUAUGCUUGGUUACAUGAUUGAAAAAUUAAUGGCUAGUUGCAGAGUUAGCACACCAGCAAAUAACAAAAGUAUUAUCAAUGAUGAUUAUUCAUUCAGUGAAAAUAGGUCUUUCACUGUUUUUCUUCAGCAGCACAUUAAACUAGCAUUUGCUAAAGGUUUUGACGAUAAUGUCGGUCGACAUUCAACACCAGCCCACUUUGAAAUUCCCUCCGUCUCUACAUUUUUCCACACUGUCAAUGGUAUUUAUAAUUUUUUUGUCAAUUCACGAGAUAAAGAAUUGACAACAAGUCUUCAUGGAUUAUUAGAUACUGAUGUUAAAUUUAGUAAAAGUAGAUGCAAUAAAGUAUUGCCAAGGGCCUUCCAGACAUAUCAAGAUAAUUUACCCCAACAUUAUGGACGAGCUUAUCACGAAAAUAAACUCACACAUGCAAUGGCAGUAUUUGAGAUGCACGCACGUGGACCCUUAUUUGAUGAAUUUGCUGCCAAACUUCAUAGUGAAUGUGAUAAUCACUGGAAAACUGGAAGACAAAUGUGUGAGGUAUUGUCUCUGACUGGAAAUCCUUGUACAAAUCCCCUACAUAAUGGAGGAAGUGAAGGAGCUGGUGGGGGAGAACAUGCUAAUGGAGACAAAGAAGAUAAUGAUCUACCUCUUAUGGAACACUGCUCUGGUGUUAGAUACAUUUGUGCAUGCAAUUGCGGACGUUGUCAGGGGCCUAGAGAUGAUCCUUUCAAUGUUAGGCAUGCUAAUUACGACUGGUUUCAAAUAAUGGCAAAGCAGUGUGGUUGUGCUCAGUUGGAAACUGUCCAAUUUCCUAUUUUCCAGCCCAGUACCCAUAAUUACAGAGCAGCACAACUUUUUCCCGGAACAAAGAGAAAAGAUUCAUUUGGUCGAGUUGAUUUAUCAACUCCACAAGGACAAACACAAGCAUGCAGUUUAGCUGAUGGUACUCUGCAUGGUUAUGGCAGUGCUGGACAAUCUCAAUUCACCAACGAUCCCAAUGAAGAUGAUCAUCAGAAAAUUGAUAAAACAAGUCUAACACCAAGUGAUGGACACAAAGUUGUCAUACAAGUGUCUGAUGAUAAUUCUGACAACUUGAAGGAAAAAUCGUUGAUACGACAACCAUCAACAACAGAAUAUUUACCAGGCAUGUUGCACACUGAAUCACCAGCUGGACUUUUGCCACAGUUCUCCAGUUGGUCCUUAGUUUGUCUUGGACCUAGCAGUCUCUAUUCCCAUAAUUUGGGACUGCAACAUCAAACAGGUGUUUUACAAAAUUCUGCCUUCCUUUUACCUUGGGACGUGACUGUUCGACUUGAACAUCAAAAAGAUCGAGGAGCAUUUUGGCCAAUUGUUGGAGAUCAGUCGAGCACCCAUGGAUUUGGCUCUCGGGGAAAGAGUUUUCAAAAUUCAAAUGCCUUGAAGUGUCGAAAAUCUAAAGGUGGAAAAGAAUUUGUUGUGAAAAUUUUUGUUGGAGUUGAGUAUGAGUGCCCGAGGGGUCAUCGAUUUAUGGCUGCAGCACCUGAUAAGGUCUUGAAAGCAACAGGAAAUGGAAUUGUCAAAGACAGCGGGAACAAAGUAACCUCCAGUACAGCUGAUAUGCCACUUUAUUUUCCCUGUCCGUGCAGACAAACUAAACCGCUGAUUGCUCAAUUAAUGAGAAUCCACGUAGUUACACCAAAAGCACCUGUUCACGUAACAUUGAAUCCAAGAGUCCAACCCGGUCCUCCACCGGCACCAAUUUUCAUAACUGGCUGUGAAGAAGAACCCAUCAAAUUAUCACAAAGUGCUUAUUGGGUAUUGAGACUGCCUUAUGUUUACAUGGGUGAAAAAGGCCCUUAUUUAGCGCCAAAAGAGCCCGUGCCAAUUUCGCAUGGUCGAUUGCUUGCUGGUAUGUACGGUAUUAGUGAAGUUGUGCCUGAAAAAAAAUGAAUCUUGAUAUAUUAUUGUCUUUA